GUAUCUAACUUAAUUUUCAUGUAAGCUUAACAACAAUGAUAAUAACGAUAAUGGAAAAAUGCUCGAAUGCGUUAUUUUUCAAUUUUAAUGAUCAUCUUAUAAAAAAUAUUUGAACGUUGAAGGAUAAUAUAAAUCUAUAGUUUGGUCUUUUUUAAGAAUGACAGGCUUCACAGGUUUCAGUGCACCUACAUCCUCCAGCUUUGGAAUGAAUACUCAAACAACGGCUAGUCCAUUUGGCUAUGGUUCUACAACAUCAUCUGUAGCUCCAUCAUUUGGAUUUGGUUCUACUACAACGUCAGGUAGUCAAGCUUCUUCUUUUGGUUUUGGAGCCACUACAACUAGUGCAGCACCAACAUUUGGAUUUGGAGCCGCUACUACUACAGCCCCAACUUUUGGAUUUGGUGCAACUGCUGCCACUCCAUCAUCACAAUCAAUAUUUUCUGGUUUAGGGCAAUCACAACCUACUGCAUCAGUUGCUCCUUCGUUUGGAGGGUUUGGUUCAUCAUUUGGAGCCAAGCCAUUUGGUACAACAGUAGCAACUACAUCUCCAUUCAAUUUAACUACUCCUUUUGGUCAAGGUAAUACUACUCAACAACCACAACAACAACAACAGCAACAACAACAACCCCCUCCUAAUGCUAAUGAUCUAGUAAUUAAUUCAAUUGUAAAUUGUAAAUUAUUUGGAGAUGAAAGAGAUCAGGUUAUUUGUAAACUUAACUUGUUGCAAGCUUGUUGGGGUACUGGAAAAGGAUUCUAUGGAUUGAAUAUGCCACCUGUUGAGUAUACUCCUCAAAACCCGCUCUGCCGUUUUAAAGCUAUUACAUACAGUGUGAAACCAACAUCAUCAAGUAGAGAUGCACUUGUGGCAAUUAAUAUUAACAAAAAAAUGGAUGAAAUAAGAAAACAAGAAGUACAGUUCACAUCUAAUUUAUUUGCAGUAUUGGGAAGUAAACCAAAUUUAAGUGUACAUUUAGAUACAUUAAAAUUGUACACAGAAACCAAAUCAAUGGCUUUAAUAUAUGUCGAAGAAAAACUUCAAAAUGGAAGUACAAAACGAAUUUCUAAUAUUGAUAUAAUUAACUAUCUAAUGCAACCAGCUCCCAAGCAACAAUUAUCAAGUAUGGGCGUCGAAAAUAUAUUUCCAUAUACUGGUUUUACUGAAGAAAAUCUACGCGAAUAUUAUGAAAAUCCACCUGCUGGAAUUGAUUUACGAGUGUGGAAACAAUCUCAAGCAGAUAAUCCAAAUCCAGCAGUAUUCAUACCAGUGCCGAUUGUUGGUUUUUCAGAGUUAUGUUGGAAGUAUAAAUGUCAUAAUGAACAAGUUACAGUUCAUAAGUUAACACUUAACAGCAUUGCAGACAGACUAUCAGAAUUAGCUAGGAAAAAAACAAGAGUGGAAUCUAAGCUUGAACAAUAUACAGACAAAAUGGAUCAAUUAACACACAGGAUUGUUAAAGUAUUAGUAGGUCAAAUGGUCAUAUUAAAUGCAGGAAUGGCUCUUAGACCUGAAGAAGAAACUAUAAAAAAUCAAUUAGAAAUUUUAUACAACGAUAUUAAUUCACCAUUAAGAUUCCAAGGAAAGUUAACUGAAAUUGCUACUCUUGUUCGAUUAAAAAAUUCAGAACUAUCAGAAGACUUGAAAAGUAAUUCGGGUUGUAUUCCGCAAGUAGCUGAAGAAAUUAAACAGUUCUUAGAACUUCAACAAACAAUGAUAUCCGAAAUGCAGACAGUAGUCAAAGAAGAUUUCAACGCUAUAAACUUAAUGAAAGAGUCACUAAAAAAUGUAAGAUAGUUGAUUGAAUAAUAAUAUAUUGGCAAAUAAAAUACAUAUUAUUAUAUUA